AUGGACUGCGCCAUCGACCCGCCUCGCGCACUGAGUGUGGUGGUAGCAUCAGCGGUGGCACCGGCUACAAGGGGGGAGUUGGUGGUGGCGGCGGUGGCGGCGGCGGUGGCGGCUAUGCGGGUGGCGGUGCCGCUGGCGGCGGAGGCGGGGGCCUGUUCGGCGCCUUGGCUAUGGGCAGAGGGGGUCUUCUGCGGCCUCUUCUACGCCCGAGAAGAAGUCGGCACCGAGGAGCGCUUGGUGCACGUUGGUGCCGGCAACGGCUACAUGGAGGAGCGCAUGGUGGAGGUUGGCGCAGGCAUGGGCUCCUAUGCCAAGGAUGUGAAGGUGAACUAUGCCUACAAGCCCCGCGUCGCAAUGCUUUCCUGCUGCUGCUUGCUUUGCCUCCUGCCGCUGCUGCUCUUCAUUUGCGAGGUUCGGUCCCUCUUCAGCGGCGAGAGCUGUUCAGCCGCGAGAGCCGAUGAGUGCAGUGGACGUUGCUAUGAUGCUGCCACCGCAGAUGCGCAGUUCUGCUGCGCUAGCUGCCCUGCGGCCGCCUACUCGGUCUCGCUGUGCGCGCCGGAGGAGCCGAAAGUCCACGACAUCGUUCGCCACCACUACGGCACGGUCUACAGGCACAUUCCAGUGAACCACUAUGAAGUGAAGGUGCAGAUGCCGCCGCAUGCGCCCAUCAUCCACACCGUGAAAGUGGUGGAACCGCCGACGCACUAUGAGUGCGCCAGCCACGCAGAGACCCCAAACCCGGAGUGGACCUCCAAGCAUAUUCGGUGGUGCUGCUACGAGCACAAGAUGUUCUGCCCUGUGUCUGUGGUGGACAAGAACAUCUACCACCACAUCACCAAGGUGCAGCAGUACCGCGUGCCGGUGCCGGUGCCCAUGCCCGCGCAUCACCCGAUCAUCCACACCGUGACGCACCAGUACCACGUGCCAAGCCCACCCCAGUAUGUGCAUGUGCACGUGCCUGGGCCAACUGUGUAUCACCACGUGAACGUGCCGGUGGACGUGCCCUAUCCGGUGCCGCAGGCGCCCGAGGUGAUCAAUGUGAAGAAAGAGUACCCAGUACCGGUCCCUGGCCACACCCACUACGUGCACGUGCCGGUGCCGUCGCCGCCCCAUGUCGUCACGCACUACCACACUGUGUGGAACACCGUGCAGGACACGACCUAUGAUUGCCACAGCGGCGUGGACCACUGGCACAGCAUUUGGUCGCACACGAAGCAGAGCUGGUGCUGCGGUCAUUACAACGUGGGCUGCGCUGGCAGCUGGGUCAAGGAGGUGCAUGUGAUCCACACGACACACUACAACUGUGCUGCUGGCUACUCCAACUGGUACCAUGGCUGGUCUGACGCGAAGAAGGGCUGGUGCUGCGACCAUGAGAACAGGGGCUGCCCAGGAAGCUGGCACGGCCACUGGCACGCACAUGCGGUCGUCCACGUGGAGCACGGCGUCCAUGUUGGCCACGGCGGUUACGACUGCGCCGCUGGCGUCUCCAACUGGGAGCAGGGCUGGUCUGCCCACAAGAAGGACUUCUGCUGUAAGACCAGCGACCACAAGUUCUGCGUGGAGUACCACUGCCGCGGCGAGGGUGCGGGCGCAGUGCACUCCUGGUCCAAGGACAAGAGCGACUUCUGCUGCGGCCAUUUCCAAGUGGGAUGCCCGGCAACGACUCUGUCCCCGCUGGGCUGCGAGGCGCAAUGCACGGUGAAUGGAGAGACCAGCACCUGCAAUGCGCGCAUUCAGUGGGCCCAGGAGAAUUCCUUCUCCGGCAAGAGCAACGCCUGCAACCUCGCUUACAGCCAGAUCCAGGUGGAAUGCGACGUGUGCCGCGCGUGCAGCGUCCAGGCGGCCGGCUGCGGGGUGCAGGGCCCCGGCUCCGAGCCCUUCGACUGCCAAGCCGCCCUGGGCAACUGGUGCCGCGCCUGGUCGCCCAACAAGAAGGUCUGGUGCUGCAACAGUAAGAAGCUGGGCUGCCAGACGAUGGAUGCCCCGCCCAAUUGCGAUGCGGGCGCAGGCAUGGUGUGGAAGAAAGUCUUCAUUGACGGGCACUGGACCUGGGAGGCCUCCGGUGCUGGUGGUGCUGUGGUCGUCAGCAAGCCCUAUGCCUGCCACGCAGGCCUUCCGAACUGGAACACUGGCUGGUCGGCCCCCAAGAAGUCCUGGUGCUGUGCCCAUGAGAAUCUGGGCUGCCCCGGCUUUGUCUACCACGGCCCUGGUGCGGGUGGCUCCACCCACGUGGUGGUGACCCAUCACUAUGUUGCUGGCGGCGGCGCAGCAGGCGGCGGUGCUGCGGGUGGCGGCGCAGCGGGUGGCGGCGCAGCAGGGGGCGGCGCAGCAGGGGGCGGCAGCUGGCACUCCGGUGGCGGCGGCAGCUGGCACUCCGGUGGCGGCGGCGGCAGCUGGCACUCUCAUUCCAGCGGCGGCAGCUGGCACUCGCACACUGUUGUCCAUUAG